CCUCUCUCAAUGGACUCUCCCGCAAGAUAUGGAGAACAGGAUUAAAGUGGUGCGCGAUGUAAGCGCCUUUUCGGGGUCCUUUCCUCAUACUGACCCUCGGAUUUUCCUGUCGGUCAGCAGGGACAAGAAGAAAUACUGUCGAGGGAGAUUGUAAGGUCGGCUGCUACGCCAGGGAAGAACGAAGACGAUACACAUAACACUCAUUCAAACACACACACAGCACACACGCACAUAACUUACAUAUACACUUUCUUAGACACUCACACAUAGACGUAUGCACACUGACAAAGAAACAAACACAGACAUAGAAACAGACAAACAUACAAGUACACACCGUCAUCUGCAAUCUCCUUCCUUCCAUUCGGGCGAACGAGGAAGGAGGACGCCGUUCUUUCUUGUUUAAUAUGGCCGGUAUAGCAACAGCAACGGUUCACAUAGGAUGUAAUAUCUGUUUCAACCAUGGAUUUACGAGUGGAUGGUUAUAGCUGCGAAGGUGGCCCACCGCCGCCUGAACCGCGUUCUAGGAAAAUGUCUCUGUCACCUUGGGAUAUGGGUGGUAUUAGCAGUGGUAUUGGAAUGGGUUUCGGUUUGUAUCGGCCCCGUCGUCCGAGCUACCUUUAUGCAACGCAAGUCAAUCGACAACGGAGCGAGAGCUAUCGACAUGCUGUACGCAGGGAGAAUGCUGAUGUCCUUGAACAGACCGAUGAUUUCAUUGACGGAAUGCUUCAGAGAAAGCGUAAAGAAAGCUAUAUGAAAGCAACCCGAAAAAUUGAGGAUGUCGAAUUAGAAUCGUUCCAGAAUAGAUUGACGGCGCCCGAACUGGCGCUAAAGCCGGGCGAAGUGCAGAGAAAUAGCAGUUUGGUAAGUAACAGUACAAAAAAGGAGAGGCGGAAACCCAAGCGUGACACACGCAAUUCUCACGUCGUGUUUCAGGAACCCGAGGAGAGUGCUUGUCCAAGUGAAGACGGAACUAUUGCACCAUUUGUUGUGUUCACUUUUAAAAAGAACCUUGUGCUGAUUUGUAUCAGCUUCAUUUUAACUUUCUCGGCAUUUUGCGCGAUUCAAAACCUGCAGUCUUCCAUCAAUUCCGAAGGAUACCUGGGUAUAAUUUGCAUGAGCUGUGUGCAUGGCAUGAUGUUGGUCACCUGUCUGGCAGCCCCAUCCAUUAUCAAUAAACUAACUGCCAAGUGGGCCCUCGCCCUGGGGAUGUUUUGUGACAUUGUAUGGGUGGGAGCAAACUUUCAUCCACUUUUCUACACACUCAUCCCCAGUGCCUUGCUGGCCGGGUUCGGACAGGGUAUUUUGUGGCGCGCUGAGGUUUCCUAUAUCCUCAAAUUGGCUUUCGAUUCCGCCCGCGUACGGAAGGACAUUCUUGAAUACGAGAUCUUCCGGUUUCAUGGAAUUUUCUUAGCUUGUUUCCAAACCACACACAUCUGGGGCAACUUGAUUUCCUCAUUAAUUCUCAGUACCUCCUCCAAAAAAUCACCAACUCUUAAAAUAGAUGAUGUUCAGACUAAUCAAUGUGGUGUUCUGGAUUCAUGUUCCCAUGAUAACGUCCUUUACGGGAAACACUUGUUACAAUCCAACAAAGAUGAACAUAACGAAGAGCCAGACCUCCUCUACAAAUUGAUGGGUGCCUAUAUUGUACUGGGAUUUGUCGGAUUUCUACUGAUACUUUUAUUUUUGGAUAAAAUUGGCGCUCGAGUUGACCCCGAGAAGAGUGCUUACGAAUUAAUAUGUCAACACGUCUCACUCAUGUUUUCGCACAAGACCUUUCGACUUUUGAUUCCAUUAUUGGUUUUUACGGGAUUACAGCAAGGUUUCAUUUACGCCGAUUUCAAUAGGUCUUACGUCACAUGUACCCUAGGCAUCGAUUACGUAGGGUACUGUAUGAUCACCAUGGGUCUGGCUAACGUUCUCAGUUCUGUUAUGGUUGCACUCUGUGCCAAAUAUAUUCCCAGGGAAGUGGUACUCGGCUUCGGAGGGGUCGUACAUAUCGGACUCAUGAUUGGAUUCCUAAUUUGGAUACCCGAGAAAAAUCUGUUAAUAUUCUUUAUACUGGCGGCAUCGUGGGGUGUCUGUGAUGCAGUAUGGCAGACCCAGUGUAACACUCUGAUCUGUUUGACCUGCCUAGACGAACCGGACGUGGCGUUCGCCAACUACCGGAUGCUACAGAGCUUCGGACUUACAAUUGCCUUUGCUUUCGGGACGUUCAUGUGUGUAGCUGCUCAACUCUACUUACUGAUGACAUUGCUCGUAGUAGCUAUUAUGUGCUAUGUACUAGCCGAGUACAAAGUACGACAAACCGAUUCUGAAAAUAACAGCUUCGACGACGAGCGACACUAAAGGGCGCUUCAAAUUCUCACUAUCUCUUUAUCUCUCUCCCUCUAUCUCUCUGUUCUCUCUCCUACAUAAUAUCACAAUACUUGCAGCUAUAUAUAUAUAUAUAUGUAUAUAUAUAUACAUGUAUAUAUAUAUAUGCGCAUAUAUAUAUAUACGUACAUAUAUAAUAUAUAUAUAUAUAUAUAUAAUACGUAUAUAUAUACAAUAUGUAUAUAUUGAGGCCAUAUCAACAUCAUAGUAAUACAUAUUUCUCUCACUCACCUUCCUCUUCUUUUUCAUCACCAUCAUAUUUUUAGUCUCACGUAUUCUAAACUCCUUUCUCACGAAUUCAUAUAUAUAUAUAUAUAUUCAUAUAUACAUAUAUAUAUAUAUAUACAUAUAUAUAUGCACAUGCAUAUGUAAGUAUAUAUGUAUAUAUAUGUAUAAUAUAUAUACAUAUAUACACAUAUAUAUAGAUAU